AUGGGAGAGCCUGGUGGUCCUUCUGUGAAGAAGAGAUCUUUAAGCAGCUACCUGUCGAAUGUAAGCUCAAGAAGAGAAGAACUUGAAAAGUUGAAGAAACAACAGGUGGAAGAGAAGCUAGAGGAAGAGAAGCUAGAGGAAGAGAAGCAAGACGACGAAAACCAAAGGUUACAUCUUCAGCAGCCAGAGCAAAAUGAGCAAGUUUCAGAACGAGACAGGCAGCAUGCUUGUGAAAAGAAGGCCGAUGACGUACUUCAGGAAAUCGAUCAGAUUAAGCAUCAAGAAGAGCAGGAGAUUGAUGGUGUAUAUGACGGCGCUCGAAAACAGAACUCAGAGGAUGUGAUUGAUGUAAAGGCCAAUGAACAGGAUGCACGAGAUCGAGAAACCAAAAACGAGCGCAGUGAGGACCUCCAGACGUCUAAUGGACCGCUAGAAAUAUCGAGGUCUCCACUUGAUCUGCAGAAAGAUAGUACCAAGUCAAAGUCUCUGACAAGAGAGGAUUUACACUCAUUGCUCAAAGAACCAGACGGACAGAAUGAUCCCGAGAGCGAAAGGCGCGGCAUGGAUUCGGGCCGAGCACCAAAGGUGAGGCACAACGAUAGUGAUGAAGACAUUGAAAGUGACGCUCCCACUGAGCCAGCGUCUCCUCCCAAACCACGGCGAAGACGUCUCAUCAGAGGCGACAAAUUGCAAUCAAUGUCUCCCAGCCACUCGACAUUCGACAACGAGUCUGACUCUGAGCUGUCCGACAUCGAUGAGCUCAAAAGCAUCCAUAUAUCUAGUAGCAUCAUUCAUGGGGAUUCAUCUCCACUGAAGAGCACACAGGAAGAUCUUCGCCGAAAACGGCUGGCGUCUUCUCCAAGAAUUGAAAAAAGGUAUUCCGGCUCACCAAGGCAGUUAAAGCCUGAUAUUUCAACUCCCAGGAUCGGAAGACACAAGAAAGGAGUUUACAGAGACGCAGGCGGCAGGACAAAACUCCAAAUUUCUUGCGACAAAGGAAAUUAUGAUCAAGCUAGAAAACUUAUAAAGGAGGAAAACUACGACGUCAAUGACCAGGACAAUGCAGGAAACACGGCAUUGCAUGAGGCAGCUUUGAACGGUCACCUGGAUAUAGUAAAGCUUCUGACUGAAAGCGGUGCGGAUGUCAACAUACAGUCUUUCGAGAUGUUCAAAGAUACGCCACUGAUUGAUGCCUCGGCUAAUGGCCACCUCAACGUGGUAAAAUAUCUAUUAGCCCACGGAGCGGAUCCAACAAUAUGCAAUGCCAAGGGAUUGACUGCUUUCGAGUCGAUUGAAGAGGACUCAGAUCUGGAUGAGAACGAACAAGAAAUUGUCUCAGAAAUCAAAAAACACCUAAUGUCUGCUGCCAAGAAUUGGAAGAGUGAGAAGGCUACACAAAAUGCCGCUAAAGAGAAACACGACAAGAACUCAACGCAGCGACUUCAAGCAUCUGAGGAGUCGCUGGGCGACUUUGAGUUUUUUUGGACUGACAUCACAUCGAGGGCUGGAAAGCAGAAAUUACUUAAGGCUUCAAAGGAAGGAAAACUGUCAUAUAUCGGUUCCUAUUUGGAAAAUGGGGGACGUGUCGAUCUCAGAUCAUUUUUCGAAGCAGUGAAGCUGGGCCACGAGGACGUUGCGAGCUUAUUCUUAGCUUUUGGAGCUCAAGUCAACGCUGUUUCUAAAGAGGGGACUACUCCAUUAAUUUCGUCCGUCGGUAGAGGUCAUGUUGGCACCGUGAAGCUUCUACUGGAAGCGGGCGCCGAUCCAAGGAAGAAGGAUAAAAAUGGACGCACAGCGUUGUAUUACGCUGAGAACAGUCCCAUGGGAGUAGUAGAUGCAGAGGAAGUAUCCUUGAUUCGCAAAGCAUUGCAGGACAGUGGUGCCACUGCCGAGGAGAUGGCGAAAGGAGUGGAAAAGGUCAAAAACUUUAAACAAGAGCAAAUUGAAAGCUCAACCAAUAGACGAACCUGGAAGAAGGAAGAAAACAAUGAGGAAGACGAUGAGGAUGAUGAUGAGAACGUAAUAAACGUAGGUAGGAAGAGGCGUACAGUAUCUCCGGAUCGUUCUGAGACGAAGCGGCAAACUCCAUCAAUUCAGCCAGUGAAGUCAACUCUGGCUGAAUCGCCUGAGCACAUGGAGACACCAGAGGACGUGUCCGAGACGCCUAGUCUAGAACCUGAAACUAUCAAGACACAAGAGGAAACACCGGAAGAGAGGGAGCUGCGUUUGAAAGCUGAGGAAGAGUACAUACAACGAAGGCUCCAAAACAAGAGAAGGAAAGAGCAGGAGCUACUCAAGAAACUGGCGCUUGAUGAGGAGAAGAGAGAGAAAGAAAGAGCCGAGCAAAAGAUAAAAGAAGCCGAAAAGAUGGCAGAGGAAGAGCGAUUACGACAAAUCGAGCUCGAUAAUCACGAGAAGGAACUCGAAAUACUUCGCAGACGCGAGAUACGAUCGUUCUACCCUCUGGGACUGAGGCUGAUCGAUUUCAAUGACAAAACAGACCAAGAUGAUUUUCUACCGACGUACUUUGUGAAGCUUGGUGAGGACCAGUCCAAGUACGUUCUAGAUCUGCAGCUUUGCGUCAUACUGAAAAACCCAGGGUUCAUCUCGCAGCUUGCAAACAGCGAGAAGAUCCCGGUUGCUAUGAGACACAGAAAACAGCUGUGGAACAUCCUGAAGACCACAUUCCUAUAUGGCGGACCCAAGAACAGACAUCUGCUCAACUGGGAGGCGCUAAAUAUCCAAUCGCGAAUGCAUUUCGAACUCCAAGAAUACAACAAAUUCUCCAGCCUACCCAUGAACUGGAUCAAGACACAGGACAUUCCAUUCGAUGAUCCCGACACAAGACGUCGCGUACAACAAGACAUGGUUCAAAUAGCACUGGCGGACGACAGCGACGACACUGCUACAUCAAACGUACCAAGAGGCUCUGCCAAACCAUCUCCGCGUCAUGCUACGCACUUGCCCGCACUACCAAACAAGUUCCAGAAAAGACACACAGUGUCCCAACUACUGCAAGACUACAACUGCCAAUCAUUCUGGUGA